ACGGAUUGUUGAACUCUUUUGACUCGUUUGGGUCAUUACCGUUUUUCCUAAAGUCUCGCGUGUGGCAUUUGCAGUUUAAUCCCCGUUUUUGUCUAAAUUUAAUAAUUAGCUCGUAGUUUAGUAGUUAUUCAUCCAUUCUGAUGCAGGUCGUGAACUGUUUUAAAAUCUGCUUGAAAAAUAUUAUGCCAAAAGCUGCGUUUUUAAGUCUUCAGCAUAUACGUCAGAUACACAUCUCUAUUUUGACUCCCGCACAAAGUUUGCUUCCAAUAUACUCUUGAGAGAUUAAUGAAUCGAUUGAGAAUCGGUUCGAACGAGUCAUCAAAAAGAACCGGUUCAAAAGAAUUCAUCGUUCGCGAAUCGAACAUCACACCAGACUAGGGGUCGACUGUAGUGAGCAUGUAUUUAUUAACACAUCCCUAGUGUGCGUCCUGAGCCGGUGUAUUGCACACAGUCGGUGUGUGGUGUUGAUGUUUUAUCGCCGUCUUUUACAUUAAAGUUAAUAUAAUGCCGCCAAUUAAACAAACAACCUCCCGUCGGAUUUGAUGUCUCCACGACUGCAGCCUUGAUAGAGAGGAAAGAAAUGGAUGUGGAACCAAAGCAUUAAGCAGAGGGUGACUCAAUCUUUAGGUCUCAUGUCAUGUCUCUCCUCUCCUCCUCUGUUCCUCUCUCUGUCUGGCUGAAGUAGUGAAGAUGCUCCGUGGGGUUUAAUAGAGAGCAGCAUGGACGAGGCUGCCAGCCAGCUGGAGAGAGACCAUGUUCACAGUGUGUACGAGAGGAUCGCACCCUACUUCAACGACAGCCGCUACAAAGCUUGGCCCAAGGUCAAACAGUUCCUGCUAGAGCAGGAGCCCGGCAGCAUUGUGGCUGAUGUCGGAUGUGGCGAUGGCAAAUAUCUACACAUCAAUGAGGAUAUCUUUAAGUUGGGCUGUGACGUGUGUCGGCCGUUGGUGGACUCCGCGUGGAGUCGAGGUCACGAGGUGCAGCUUUGCGAUGGCCUGCGUUUGCCCUACAGAGAUGGCUGUUUUGAUGCAGUGCUCUCCAUCGCAGUCAUCCACCACAUGUCCACCAAAGAACGGCGUAUCCGAGCAAUAAAAGAGAUGGCGCGCACCCUGCGUGUAGGAGGCCGGAUCAUGAUUUAUGUGUGGGCCAUGGAGCAGAAGAGGCGCAAAUUUGAGAAACAAGACAUAUUUGUUCCUUGGAACCCCAAUCCCCCUUUAUCUCCCGCCUUAAGACAGCGAGGCAAUGGAUCGCAAAGCAUCAGCGAUGGCACCACUUCCAACAACAAGCACAGGAAAGUGAAAAGCACAUCCUCCAUGGUGGACGAGGGUGACUCAGUUGGCCCCAGCAAACAGAAACAACAGAGGUUUUGGUUCUUCUCCAGAUCUUUAGAUUCGGUGCUGGACUUCACCAGCCUGACCAUGUCCCGUUCCUCUUCCAACACUAUACAAACCCCUGUCAAUGAAGCGAAGAAAAGCAGAAGCCGGCGAACUAGUAGUAGAGGUCUCAUCAGGCAGAUGUCCAGCCUUUUUUCAUCCUCUUCCAGGACCAGUCUAGAAGAAGACGUCUUCAUUUCAGAUCCCAAUGACCAGGUCCAUAAAAACAACAACAGAAGUUCUGGGAAUGGAAAUGAGACUUCUCCUGUGGAGCUUGUCCAUGAUUGUUCCUCAGUACCACUGCCUGACUUGGUGUCCUAUCAGAGGGAUCAAUCAACUCUUGAAGGACACGUGGAGGUAGAUGGUAAAUUGAGCUUAAAAGAGCCCUUGCAGAGGCAGGAUAGCACAGUGUCUCUUCUGGAAAGCGAUGAGUUGAAAGGAAAGAGCACUGAACAGCUGAAGGACUCUUGUCUGAGGUACUACCAUGUAUUCAGGGAAGGAGAACUGACACAGUUGAUCCAAAACCAUGUUGAUGAGCUCCAUGUUCUGCACUCGUACUUGGACCAUGCCAAUUGGUGCGUGGUGGCUGAGAAGGUCCAAGUCUGGAAGGUUUAAAUCUUAUUUUAAAUGUUUUAAUUUAUAACCUCUGUUUUAAUGUCUCUAAAAGUUUUAGUUUGAGAUUUUAAGUAUUGGGACCAGAGAGCUAAUAUUAAACAUUAGCUAUUCAGUAUCAAUGGCAAUAACAAGCAAGGUACUGAUGCUUUGACAAGACGCUCAAAUCGUAACACUAAAGCUAGUCGUACAUUCAAAUUUGCUAUACUAAAUUAAGCUUUACUCUCCAUUCAUUCUUUGUGAUGUCUUAGUUUUGAGUGGAAAAUAAUUGAUUUAACUUGCACUGAUUUUAAUGGUGUAUCACUGUUAAGCAAUGCCUGCCUGAAACAGGAAUCAUAGCACAUCUUUACACCAAACGAUGUGAGCACAUACCUAGUGUUUUCUUAUUGGACACUCUUCAGGAGUUUGUCUGUGUGUUGUGUUGUGUGGUUAGUAUUAGCCUUUGUGUUGUGGUCUGAAGCUUUUAAACAAGAUUUUAACUAAUUGCCUGCACAUGAUGAAUUCCCAGCUGAAACAUGUUUGUGCUGCUGUUGUAGAUUGUGUGUUUAUAUUGGUGUAACUUGACCAUGUCAGAAUGUCACAACAAAGGACUUUAAUUUUCCCUUAAACUUGAACCAUUUUUAUGUGUAUUUUUGACUUAAAUAUAAUAAAAUCAGUAUAUUUAAUUUUA